GCGACCACCAUCACAGUAGUGAGGCGACCUUAGUCGCUAAUCAUCACGUUCUUAGAUGGUGAAGAAACGUAGAGUCUCGCGCCGCGAGCCCGUCCAACAAAACACAUCUUUGGCGACGCGUCUUCCAGCUGAAGUUUUAUCUCGAAUAUUCCUCUACAUACCUAGACCACUCUCGAGCGAGGACCACACCUGGCUCAGGGUUCUGCGUAUUUGUCGUCAAUGGCGCGCGGCUGCCAUUGAGUGUCCCCAACUGUGGACAUACAUCGUGACAAGCAACCACUCCCUCAGGCGUUUCAUGCUCAAGCACUCAAAGGGUCUACCCGUCACACUCUGGAGCAUGACAAUUAUGCGUAAUGGGUCGCCAGCUAUCAAGGAAAUGAUAACCACGAAUCUGCAUCGUCUUCACGAGCUCAAUCUCAACUUCUCAUACUGCAGCAUUGGAGAGGUUGAGGAAUGGGUUUUACGCGUACUGAAUGACGGUGCCGCACCACUCUUGGAAAUGUUGACACUCCGAACCGACAAUUGCUCUGGCCAUCCCAUCAUCACUAUUCCGAACUUUCCGCAGACGUUGUCGUCACUGUCAGUGCAUGGUUUCCAAAUCAUGUUUCCUAAUUCAACCCGACUCGUCAACAAAAGUAUCACUUCAUUUGAAACUACCAUCGACGCCGAAACGCAGUCCGCGCCCGAGCUUCACGACUUGUUUUCCGGAAUGCUCGGAAGUAUGCCGAAUCUUGUGUCUCUUGAAAUCGAUGAUCUGGGCGAGGAAUCCCUGUAUCCCACCACCGCCAUAGUCUCCUUCCCACGCCUCGAAACUUUGAAAUAUUAUGGGUCAGCCCCGAAGCAGAAUUUCAUUCUGAACUCGUUCACGAUACCAGGAUCCGCUAGUCUUGAUUUCUGCUUCAUAGGGGUGAGCAACUCUGCCGAGUUGACUCUGGUUCAUGAUAGCAUCGAACUCGAGCUUGGGCGUCGAGCGCAGGCUGAUCCUCCCGGGACCACCUACGAUGUCCGGGUCUCUUCUUCCGGAGACUAUGGCACAGACAAUAUGGUGCAUCGAACUCAUAUCUACGCCUUGUUACCCCUGCCUGUCGCGUCGACCGCGACUGAGGCUUCCGCAGACCGGUCGCGAAAUGAACCUUUACUCGUCCUUUCCUUGGAAUACGCGUACUAUUCCUUCGAUUACACCGCCGGUGACCUCGUCUUCCCAAUCUAUAUCUCUCGUAUCAUAGGCAUGCUACAACCUCAAUCCAUCGAGUCCAUCAGUGUUGGCUCGAAUAUGUGGUUUAACGUCCACGACCGUGACUAUAGCGGUGAUUUCAGGGCCGACGGCACCCUCAAGGACACUUCGGAUCUCACAUUUCUGUCGUGUGAGGGUGUAAAGUCGUUGAUCGUUGGUGGCGCCGGCAGCGCUAAGUGGAUCGCUCCCUUUCUUUCGGUCCGGACGAAUACGGACGCGGAGUCGACGGCGGCGACCAAACCUUUCCUCGCCUUUCCACAUCUCGAACGCUUGGUCCUACGCGAUCUUAACCCUCAUGAAUGUGUCGAGUGGCUUGAUGAGUUUUCGCUCGACAAGUUGAUGAGAGAUGUGAUGAAGGAGUUUUAUACCGCGGUGGAAGACAGAGCGCGAGCAGGGCGCCCACUCAAGAGGCUAGAGAUGCCGAUUCCCGAGACGAAAAAGUUGGAGAAAUGGGUCGAGGAGGCGAGAAAGAUGGGCUGGGUAGAUGGUGAAAUCGUUUGCGAAGGACUUGGGUGGGGUGGUUACGAUGGUACGUCGAACGAGGAGGAUGAAGAGGGCGAUGAGGAGGAAUGAGGUACGGAGAGAAAUAUAGGAAUGAUCGAACUGUUCUGUUCGGGUCGCUCUUUGUUGAUUACUUCUUGAAGAGAGCCGUUGCUUGAGUUUCCCGUGUUCUGCGCUUGGACGGCAGAUCACUGAGCGCAGUGAUUAUAAUAUCU